AUGGUCGCCUACAGCUUCAUCGCCUCUGUGCUCGGCCUCGCCGCCCUCACCUCGGCCUCUGAUUCUCCCACCUACACCGGCUGGACCCGCGUCUGGCAGGAUACCUUUGCUGGUCAGGGCUCUACGCUGCCCAAUGAGAACAACUGGAACAUCAUCAACGCCAAGCUCAACGUCAACAACGAGCUCGAGACGUACAAGCGUAGCACACGCAACGUCCAGCUCUCGGGCGGUAAUACGCUCCAGCUCGUCCCCUGGAACGACAACGGCGACUGGAGCUCGGGCCGCAUCGAGUCCAAGUACACCUUCACUCCUACUGACAAGAAGAUCACCCGUGUCGAGUCGUCUAUCCGCUUCGGCGGCAAUGCCCAGAAGAACAAGCAGGGUAUCUGGCCUGCUUUCUGGAUGCUCGGCGACUCCAUCCGCCACGGCACCAGCUGGCCCGCUUGUGGUGAGCUCGACAUCAUGGAGGUCAUCAACGGCCAGCUUACCGGUCACGGUACUAUGCACUGCGAUAGAUACCCUGGCGGCAUUUGCAACGAGGGCAACGGUAUCGGCUCUGCUGUCAGCAUGCCUAACCAGGACUGGCACACAUGGCGCAUCGAGAUUGACCGUAGAAACUCGGACUGGAAGCAGCAGAGCAUCACCUGGUACUUUGAUGGCAAGAGCUACCAGACCAUCACGGGCUCGCGCAUCAACAACCAGGGUGUCUGGAACUCCGUCGCCCACAGCUCCCUCUUCAUCAUCUUCAACGUUGCUGUUGGCGGUGGCUGGCCCGGAAACCCCAACGCUGAUACCCUCGACGGCUACGGCGCCAUGUUGGAGGCUAGCUACGCUGCUCACUACGUCAGCAACUAA